AUGCAGCAGGCUAACGCACCAGAAGACGGAAGAGAGGAGGGGGCCAGGCAAGGAGUCCCCCGGCGUUUCCCCAUCCUCAGCAGCCAGUCAUCUGGCGGGCGAUUUGAUGUCUGCAGCCGCGAGACACAGGACGAAGCCGGGCACCCUGCAUCCAGCCAUACAGGAGAGAGAGCGGCAGACGGCACGCCAGACAGGGAGCUGCGUCGUCCUGUACGCAUGUACGUAUGUACGGAUUUCCGUAAGCGUGUGUGGUGUGUGUCUGUCGGUACGAGCAAUGUAUUCAUGUACCAGCCGGGCCCUAGUCGAAUUCGAGCGAGACGAGACGAGGCCCGGGAAAAGAAAAGAAAAGAAAAGAAAAAUCCUCUGUGGGAAAAUGGACCAGAGACCAGAGGCAGCCAGAGCUAG